UUUCUUACUGAAAAACGCGAACCCGCGCGACUUCUUCGUGAAUUAUUGAAUUUCAGAAUUGAAUAUUUAUUUAUUGUUGAAUAAAAAGGAGUUCAAGAUAAUCUCCUCCGUAGUCUGUUAAAUAAAACGUAUAUCCACACGUUUAUCUCUUAAAUAUUUUGCAGCUGUUGCAGAUUGAAUAAUCUUUUAGUUUUUCGGUAGCAAUGGACUUUAGAAUCGAUAACCCCGUAGCUCUACCAGUUCAAAGUUGAGUUACGGCAGGCGAUAUUAUGGUUGUGUAAAAUUGUGGGAAGUGUUUAACGUGAUCAUUGAACAUGUUAUUCACGCCAAUCUAUAUUGCUAUGACUUUUAUCAAGACUUGGAGGAUUCGCUCCUUUAGGGCUCGUCUUUUGGAGUUUCUGAGUGGAAACACUAGCGUAGCCUUCUGCAAAGUACCUGAAAAUGCGGCAGAAACACCAACACUUAGUUCAAAACUGUGCACUAGUCCGAAGAACGCGUAUCUGUGUGACCUCCUGGACUAUACGAAUGCCACAAGGAUCUGCAGCAUGAAGCCCAACCAGUGCAUAGAGCUGUCGGACUGGGUGUCAUGUGCGGGCGGGCUGCCACUCGGCUCCAGUGACCAGUCCCCAGUGACUGACCUGGACGUAGAUGUGCUGCUUGAAUGUGAGAUGGAGCCCCAUGAGGCCAGCUCACAUGAUAACAUCAUGGCACUGGAUACCAUGGGACUGCCAGUAGCAUGGAAGGCAGGUUCACACUUGGCUAUUGUCCUGAAGACUAAUAUGGAGUCUUUGAGUGUGGCCGGAUUCAACUUUGUGGGAGGGGAGUUCAUUAUAGACCAUAAGUUGCCUGUUGUUAGGAUACAAACUGUACAAUUAUCAGGGGAGCCAAACAAAGCCACUGAUAUAUCAAUGAGAAGUCUCCGCAGCGAGGUGCAGCACAGCCUCAAACACACUCCUGCAGAGUUCCAGUGGCCUGUCCAUGCCGCCUUGCUGAGGAAACUGUCCAAAGUCGUUGACAUCAAGUCUGAAGUUAAAGCUGCAACUAAACAAAUGAACGGAAAUAGUGAUACACAUCUAGAACCAACUGUUACGAGAAGAAGUGUGACACUAGCAGAUGUAAGUUGCAAUACAACCAAAUCACUAACAGAUGAAAAGUCUCCUGUGGAAGCAGAAGCCAAGACAGUGGAAAGUAUAGCCGUGCCAGAGAAGUCACCAGAAAAGAAAGCAGAGCCAGACAGAAGCAAUGAUUACACAAUGGAGAAUGUAACUGUUGAAAUACAACAUAAUAUCACACCUAAGAAAUCAAGUCUGAAGUUAGACUUGAAGAAGGGUACAAGUCAGUUGUCAGCCUCCUUGAUGAACAUAUCCAGUCAGAUCAAGUCUGUAACUACACACAAGAGGGUUGUCAGCACAACUGGUCCUAGAAAAUCUAAGCCUCAGAUAGAGGAGUUGCCAAAAGAGGAGAGUGCCACUUCUUCUCAACAGAGUACACCAAAAUCAGCUAAAAGUUCCCGUCCAUUAAUUAAUACUAAGUCACUGAAUGUGCUGAUCUACUCUGAUAGUUUAGCAGCUAGAGAUAGUUUGGAAGCGUCGUUAAGAAAAGUCCUAGAUAGUGAAAGAUACACAAUCUACAGCGUGUCCAGCGAAGCCCUGGAGACGGGCGCGUGGCGCGGGCGAGCAGCCCUCGUGGCCGUGGCGGGGGCGGCGGGCCGCGCGGCGCCGCUGCUGCUGGCUCAUCUACUGGAUGGGGGCAGGUUGCUGGCUCUGUGCUCGGAUUUGCUGCAUACGGUGUUGCCUUAUUAUAAGACUGCUGAGGUUCGAGAGAACGAGGUGGUGCAGUUCACGUACGACAAGUGGAAGUCGGUGAAGCUGAAGCACCACAUCUUCUGCUACCAGGCCUCGCCCGCCAAGAAGCAGUUCUCCACGGAGACUGAUCGACAGCCGUCCAAAUACAUGGGCCACCCGGGCCACUCGCUGGACAUCCGCGUGCUCGCGUCCGAGGAGACGUGGCGCACGCCGUCGCUGCUGCAGGCCACCGCGCUGCCGCACCAGGGGGUCGCCAUCUUCUCACAGAUACAUCUAGAAGCAGAUCCAAACGACUACCUCGGCGAAGAGGGUAUGACAGCGAACGAGGCGCGUUUAGAAAUCCUGCACAAAAUACUGGGAGACAUCCUCGGCCUUCAUGUAAAAGACCCCCACAAAGUCACGCAAAUCGACUUCACCAGAGGUUUCUUCCUAGGCAAUCACGUUAACAAGCUAUCGCUCAUAGAGGGCAGCGCGGCGGCGGGCGUGUUCUCCGGUGACGUCACGCUGCAGUGGUGCGCGCGCGGCGAGGCGCCGGCGAGACCGCCCGCCGCCGACUACCUGCCUGUCUCCGUGUAUGAGUGUCCGGAGUACUUCAAUACUGUUGAUUAUUUUGAUAACCUAACCUCCACGGCCGUGGGUCGCCUUGUCAUCUACUCCGACGUGAUGACGAGCACACAAACCCUGGCCAACAGCGCUCGACUAGGCCAUGGGCUAGCGUUCGUGGCGAGACGACAGACGGGCGGGCGCGGCCGCGGCAGCAACCACUGGGUCAGCCCGCCCGGCCAAGCGUGUGUUACUGUGCAGGUGUGGCGGCGCAUGUCGGAGACCGUGACGCUGGUGCAGCACGCGGCGGCGCUCGCGGCGACACGGGCAGUGACCACGCUGCCCGCCUACCAGGACCUGGACAUACGGAUAAAAUGGCCAAACGACAUUUACUACGGAAGAGAGGUCAAAAUAGGAGGCACCAUCACCACCGCUAAUUGCAUAGGGGAUCUAAUUUACAUCAACGUAGGCACCGGCGUAAACAUCUCAAAUAGCAGUCCCACAACGUGCAUUAACGACAUAAUCGCUCGGCACAACGAGGAGAACGGCACGAAUCUCGCCCCUAUCAGCAUAGAGAAGUUCAUAGCUCGGUAUUGCUCGCAACUGGAGCGAAUACUCGAGUAUCUGGACACUGACGGAGGGGUGGACGCGUUUUUGGAACAGUACUACCAGUAUUGGCUGCACGACAACGAAAAGAUCCGCAUCCAGCGAGAAGACGAAUCUACCCCCACCGAGGGCACCAUCUGUGGUCUGGACGCGGCGGGCUGGCUGCGCGUGCUGACUCCCGCCGGGGAGCUGAAGGUGGCUCCCGACGGGAACACCUUCGACAUCAUGAGCGGACUGGUGGCCCCGAAGAAACAGUAAACAGGUGAAGGAACUGUGGCAUUUGAGAGGUUAAGGAAGUUGAGUAGGAUGAAUUGAAUAGGAGCGGACUGGUGGCUACCAAGAAACAGUAGACAGGUGACAGUUAACCCCUUCCGCGCAAGACACUAAUUAAUCUAUAUUUGUGGAGGUAUUGCGCAUGAGAGGUUAAUGCCGUUGAAUGGGAAAGUAUUUUUGGGUGAUUUGUUGAUGAUGAUUCAGAGUGUAGGGAGACGAAUGAGGAAGUGAAUUUAGUGCUACACUUGGAGUGGAAUCGAGCCCAGCCAAAAACACAGACACUCAGAAGUGAAACGUUAAGGAGUUGAAAUUGCAUAAUUAUAUGAUGUGAUGUUUUGUGAACUAUCAAAACUUACACUGGGAAAAUGAACAAGGCUGUGUUGUGACUGAAGAUGGCGUAGCAACCUAUCAUAUUAGGAUUUAUAAGAGGAAAGAAAACUGAAUUAAACUCUCCAUAACCAUAGGCUUCACACAUCAAGUCGGGAAAAAUGUUAUAUUUAAUUUAUUAUUUAGGCCGCAUAUAGGUUGCAAGUAAACAAUGUAAGUUUACAUUUCCUCUCAUAUACUCAGUGGCACCUCUAGCGAAAACUAUCAUGAAACUUGUGAAAGAAAAUAUAUUAUUUAUUUAAACACUUUAUUGUAUGUAUACACGAUUACAAGGAACAAUAACAUAAUUUAAGUUAGAAGAGAAUAAUUACUAAUAUAUCUGUGCCGCAUUAUAGUUAAAAAUACAUAGGUACCUACUUAUUCAUUUCUUAUCUAUCGUUCUUGUUAAAAAUCUUUGGAAAGGUUGUGAUCUUAACCUAGAACCCACCUGAUGACGAUAAUCAAAUGUUCAACUAUUAUAAAUGAUUCGAAAUAUUUUGAGCAAAUGUGAAUGUGAAUAGUUUGCAAAAUAUUGGUGUAUUUAGCUAUGUAAUACAAAGUGUAGUAGUUAGGUGUUAUAAGCUGUUCCACUGCCAUAUCUUAUCGUAUACUAAGGUCCACUUAAUAUAACGUGUGGAUAUGUGUUAUGUACGGUGAUUUGAAGUAAAAAUAUAACGAAUAAGAUCAUUUAAGAUACAUUUACAUUACAUUAAGUUUAUAUGUUCCCUUUAUUCGUAUCAGGCAACUGUCAUUUAUUGAUCGUUGUAAAAUAGUCACAGUUUAGUGAGUGUGUUAAAGUAAAUUAUAUGUAUAGUGCCUGAGGCCUGUAUUACGGCAAAAAAAAUUUGGUUAUAAAAAAUCUGGGUAAAAAAUUAUGGGAGGUUUUCUGACAGCUCAUAAAAAAAUUACGAAUUCAUAGAUGGCGCUUGUAAAACCUUCAUAUACUACAUAAACUUUCAUUUGAAAUUUAUUCAUGGACGACGACGAUAUCAUUAUAAUUGAAAUCAUAUCGUCGUUACUCCAUUCUUUGUUUUUCUCCAUGAUCUAAGUGGCAUGAAAUAUCAAAGUAAUUUAAUCAAAUUGGACGUCUACACGCUACUCUCUUGCUUCAACUGAGCGUUCGUUCGUUGGCCUUCGGCGACCGUCCAAACAGAGUUCGUUCAAACAGCUCGAUUCCUUUGAUGUUACCGCCACGCUUCGGAUCGCCGGCUAUCGAAACGACGGCAACGAAGGCCAAUGAAAUCCGUUCGUUGGGCCGGUCUGUACGCCGCUUACGGCAUGACUGCUUUUUUUAUUGCAGUGCACUUGUUUCAGUAGUGUAAUCUUUUUCGCCAUCCUAUUAGUUCUACCGUCCAAUUUUUUUUUAAAGCUUUCUAUCGUUAUGUAAUUCAUCAUCACGAUAUAAGAAAGCUUUUUUUGAACGGAGUCGGAUUAUCGCCAACCAUUUCCGUUUUGCUCGUAGAGGGUGUUAGUAUAAGUUCUCUACGAGUCUUUUCUUUGAAUAAUUAGCAUCGUUCAAAGGGCCUAUUGUGUGGUAUAGUCUUCAUGGAUGUUAGAGGUUUAUAAAUUAUUAACGUGAAUUAAUCGCAUGUUUUAAUUUUAUUUACUACGACUUUUCAAGCUCAUCCUUACGGCUGGGGCUCAUAUUAUUAUGCUCCUCCUAUUUCAUGUUGUCGGCCGAGUGGUAACCGCACGAAUUUGUAGAUGUUGAUAUUGUAUAGAGAUUAUAUUGAGACUAUUGUGAAGUGGAAUAUCAUAGUUCUUCAGCCGUUCGUUCUAGCCGUCAUCGUAGUCUCAUUGGACUUACGUAUGGACUUGUUUAAUUUUUCUCAUUUGACGCAUAGCCAUGGCGUAGUUAUGGCUUCCUACCCGAAAUCAUUUAAUGAUAAUUAGGUAUAUCAUUACCUUGGAUAAUACGUAUUCGUGGUCUCGACAAUUUCUAGAGGCGUAUUUUCAAUAAGUACAUUGGUAGACUGAUGAAGAUAGCUGCUUCCAAAAUAAGAACUAUUGUUCAUAAGUGGGUCUCCACACCAUUGUUCACCUGCCUCUCUGAACAUUGUUUGUGUCUCCAGACACCUGGCUUUCAAAUUCCUUUUUAAACUGCUCAUUUUCUUACGUGGCAGUAUUUUCGACUUGUUCAUGAGCUUUGUCAUCGCGUUUCUCUGCCUUGGACAAAAAUUCCGAAUACUUUUCAUUUUUCUUUGCAAAACGUUGUCUAGAUGCUGCAAAAUGUGCGUCGCCUUUGGUAAGAGCGCCACAAGUAUGAUUCCUUUUUGUUUGCAAAAAGUUGUUAAUCUAAAGUUGGCCGUCUAAAAACAUCACCACAGGGAGUUUGAUUUGUAGUAGCCACGGGUAGAAUACGUUAGCAACGUAUUCGUAGAAUUACUGCAUUUACAUCCAGCCUGAAUAAGUAUGUCCAGGUCCUCACCAUCAUGGAACCGUCGUCUAUAGGUUUUUUGGCAAUCUUUUAUGCGGAAAGAGCACCAGAAGUGGAGCUACAUAUCCAUCAGCUGAAACGAUGACUAAUACGGUCAGACAUUCUUUUUCUUCGUUUCUAACAUGGUUAUAAACUCGUUUGCUGCCCUAGUCAAAAAGUUGUUUAUCUUUUGGGCACUAAAAAAAAACCGGUAUCGUCACAAAAAAUAUGUGUUUCAUUUCAAGAAUUUCUAUCAUGUUAUUCUCAAAAUAUGAAAGCACUCGUUGGCACUAUUCCCACAAAGCUUCUUCAGUAAUCUGGUUCCUACUGCUUGGUAGGUUUUGAGGCACACGUUUUGCCACUUUUGUAUGCCGACUAAGGUAACUUCGGAACCAUUUAUUUCCUGGCAUCCCAUCUUUAACCGGAUUGGGCCGGUUCAGUUAUUGCUUCUACCAGUUUCUAGACGGUGAGCAGUAUCUGUUGUUUGCCCUCCGGAAAUCCACAUCUUCCUAGAUAGUGUAUCCAGUCCAUAAUUAGUUUUACUCAUUAAGGGUUAUUAUGAGCGGUUCUCUUACAUAGUUAAAACAA